AUGACUCAAUGGAUGCAUUUGAUGCCUACUGUCAUACAAAAGAACCCUCCCUCGAGUGCUUGUACAGCACACGAUUCCACCAUUUCGUACCGAUUCCCAUCGUCGUCUGGGAGUCCGUCCCCUCCCCCCAUCGUACCAUCGUCGCCCGAUCUGGCGCAUCAAAACCAACCCGGGCCCUCCAACCCCUACCUCGCCCUCCCACCGCCUGAAGACGAGAUCCCCGACCUCGACGAACUGCCCUCCGAACAACCACCCUCGCCUCCACCUCACACGCCUGCCCCUACCAUGUCAGGGCAUCACCGCAUCACCCUCGCCGCCAACCCCCCCUACUUCGAUGGCGACAAGUCCAAAUACCUGGGCUUUGUGGACGCGUGCACCACUUACAUCGGUGCCUAUUGA